AUGAGCUCACCAGAGAGAGAAUCUCCGAGGGAGUCAGAAGCUAUCUGGCAUCCUGCCCGUGAAUGGCUCGAGGAAGAUGAGCUGGACGCGGACUACCACCCCGCACUAGAACCGUCCGAGGAUGACGAAUGGGAAGAUGACAUGCCAAAUGAGGACGAUGACCUGAACCUUGGAGUCGCGGAUGACGCUCCUCAUGUCAACAUUGGAAACAUACAAAUCGAGCUUACAGCGGACGAUGGCGAGGGCGGGGGACCGGGGGACCCGAAUGGAGGACAUACGAGAAUCCCAGCAUCACGAUUAUUCGAGUUACUUGCGUCCAGCGGUUUACAAGACAUUCUCAGUUCAAAUGGAUGGCCAGUCCCACUAGAGGAUCAAGCGCAACUAGAGAUGGAAAUGGAAGAAGAGGAGGAUAGCGAUGAGGGCUAUGUACCCAUAUUUCGAAACCGCCUUAGGGCAAGACGGCUCGGAGAACCCGCGAAACCUCCGCCGGUUCCAAACCCAGAGGGCGUGAAGUUAAUGGGACAGGGUGAUUUCGGAACCAACCAAUACUACGUGGAUCGACUCAAGAAGCGCAAGAGGGGUUUGUCAACAAGUUUGAUAUGGCGGGAAAUGGGCAUUGAUAAUCAUGGGGUCCAAAAAAGAGCUGAUCAAUCUAUAUCCCAGGGCUUGAUCCCAGGCUCGGCUGCUGACAGAAUUAUUCACUAUGAUACUCGAAGUUAUUCAGGCCAGUUUUCGGAUGACGGUAAUUUCUUUUUCUGCUGCGCACAAGACUUCAAGGUUCGAAUGUACGAUACGUCGAACCCAUAUGAUUGGAAAUACUACAAAACGGUUGACUAUCCGUUUGGCCAAUGGACGAUUACCGAUGCGACGCUAAGCCCCGACAACCGAUUCCUUGUGUACAGUUCUAUAAGAAGCCAAGCAUAUAUGGCCUCAACAGACCCUGAGGAUGACGCGGAUCCCAGCGUCCUAGAUUUCUCUACAUUACCAGGCCAAGGGAGGCGACGGGGCUUCGGCACUUCACAUUUUGGAAUUUGGUCUCUUCGAUUCUCUGGAGAUGGACGUGAGGUUGUUGCUGGUACAUCAGAAGACUCGGUCAUCGUUUAUGAUCUGGAAACGAAACAGCCUGUGUUGAACCUGCGAGACCGACAUCAACAUCAUGUCAACGCUGUCUGCUACGGCGAUACCUCAUCACCGCAUAUCCUGUACUCAGGAUCUGACGACACUACCCUGCGGGUCUGGGAUCGACGUUCAAUGGGCGAUGGCCGCGAAGCCGGUGCUUUCAUGGGCCACACAGAAGGAUUGACAUACGUCGACAGCAAAGGCGAUGGUCGAUACGUCUUAUCCAAUAGCAAAGACCAAACCAUGAAGCUCUGGGAUUUGCGGAAGAUGAUGACAUCCGCUGAUAUCGAGAAAAUCGACCCAGCAGAGUAUACAACCGGAUUCGACUACCGGUUCGAGCCAUACCCAGAGUCUUAUCGCACAAAUGCCAAAAGCGACUGCUCAGUCGUGACGUUCCAGGGUCACCACGUGCUCAAAACGUUGAUCCGCUGUCACUUCUCCCCGCCUGGUAGCACGAAUUCGCGUUAUGUGUACAGCGGCAGCGAAGAUGGCAAGGUAUACGUGUACAAUAUGGAUGCCACACUUGCCGGGACGAUUGAUGUCGGACAGGCGACACUCAACUCACGACCACGUGAGCCAGAUGCGUAUGCCACGGCGUAUGAAAUGAGCGGGGAGAUGCUCUGGCGGACUUGCGUCCGAGAUGCGAGCUGGCAUCCCGACGCGCCAGUUCUAGCAGCAACUUCUUGGAAUGGCUGGGGCUUGUCGACUGGCACGUGUACCGUACAUUCUUGGAAUGCCGGCGCUGCGGAUGACGAAGGCGAUCCUCCGGUGGGCAAGAGCUAUGAUGGUAAGUUACGGUAUAUUCCCGAGUUCAAUAUUUACAGGGAAAACGCGGCGUCAAGGCAUUCGCGGCGGCCAUUGCGCAGCCGGCCUGUCCGCCGUUGGGAUGUUCAUGAGGAAGGGGAGGAGGACAUAUGGUGA